CUUUUGCUUCAAAACAUCGAAACCAAUAACAACGACAUCAAAUGGAAGCGAACCCCUCCGUUAGCGCGAUCAAAAACUUUGCCGGAUUUAUUCUGUCAAGAUCAAGAUGGAACGGCUAUUCCUUUCAAUAAAGAUUCGCCUACGCCAUGUCGCAUUUUGCAAAAGGCACCGAAAAUUGCGCUGACGAUAGAUGACAUUCCUCAAGCAGAAUUUCAAAGGCGGAAGUCAUCCGGAAGCUCUGUUCACUCAAAUCAAUCUACUUGUGAGCCCCAUAUUUAUGAGUUCCAGGAAUACGAUAGAAACGCAGAUUCAUCUCUUGUAAUCAGAAUUCCAUCCUAUACGAACAUCGCAUCAGUUAAUUGUGAAAUUCCACAAAAACUGCAGAACUCCACAAACAGUACAUUUUAUCGCUUCACACGUCUCUUGAACAACAAUAAGCCUGUAGUAAAUACAAGAGAUGAAAGAAGAACAUCAUGGGAAAAAAGAACAUCAGAAAAGCUUCCUCACUCAUCAAGCAUUGAUUCACUCGUUGAUAUUGUAUGGAACAACGAAAGCGACACGAAUCUGUUAACUUUGCCAAAACAUCUCAUGGUACAAGAGCCGACAAGUCGUCGAGAGAGCUUACUAAGUCCAAGAAGGUCAAAACAAUCGCCAGUUGGUAAUGCGAGAUGCAGACGAGUCAAUUCUCUCUUUUCGAACGUGGAGCACAACUUGCUAGACAAAGUCCGAUCAAUACUGGAAAAUACUGACGUUGAUGUUAAUAGCGUAAAUAGCGAUGGGCUUUCAGCUCUCGAUAUUGCUGUACUUAUGAACAAUAAAUUAAUGGCUAAAUUGCUUUUGCAACACGGUGCUCUUCCGGGUCCGCAAUCAACCGACAAUUUAGAAAAUUACUUAAAUUCAUUAAUGUAUGAUGCUGAACAAAAACUUCACCAUUUAGCUGGCAUAAGUGAAAGUGCUGCUGCUCAAGCUUUAAACUCUCGAGCUUCUUUCUCAAGCAUCAUCGGAUCGACAAGUCAAAGUUGUACGGGAACAGAAAGUGAACGACAAAUGGGCGUAUGGGAAAGGCGAAUAAGAGGCUUACGUCGUUUGCUUUCAGGAUGGCAAGUCAUUGAAAUCCCAGGCCCUCCGUUAAGCUUUACGAUAGAUGUUAUCGGAACUAAUUCCGUUAUGUUGAAAAUCAUAGAACCCAUGAAUACUUGCAUUUGUACAAAGUUCAAAGUUCAAUGGUCGUCACGUGAGGAUUUUUCAAUUUUUAUCGGCGAGAGAAUCAUUACAGAGUGGAAUACAUUUCAAGGCAGCAUGGGCUCACAUUUCCAUAUAAACGAAUUAAUACAAGGACGUCAGUACUUUUUUCGAGCGUGUAGUGGAAAUGUUAAAGGUUUUGGUGCUUUUAAAGUUUCCAAUCCUAUAAGUAUAAUACCAUCAAGUUGGAGAGACAUAGAAUUACAGAGUAAAGAGCAAAGGUUCAUGGGUAGGCAAAAAAUACUUGACGAGCUUUUUACUGCGACACGGAUGCUGAGACCGGAAGAUGCCUGUUUACUACCAGACUCGUCUUCCCAUCGUCGUAAUCCGAAAAAGAAAACCACAAUCAAACAACUUUUUUCGGCAGCAUCAAAGUUUCAAAGAAGCCUACGGCGAGGCAUUUAUUUGGCUUGCAUUCUUUUUUGCGACGACAAAAUUUUUGUUACCAACGAAGACUUCUUACCCGUGAUAGAAAUUGAUGAGACUUAUCCAAGCAACCUUAACAACGAUUACUAUUGGCUCAUGAAGGAUGAAAAAUCAAUUUCCUACUUUUCAUUGGCACAGAUUUCAUGUACUUGGGAUGAUGUUAAAUUAUUAAGAACGGAUAUGGAGAAAAAAACGACAUCAGCUAUGCACUUCCGCACCAAAUUAUUAACAGCAAUUUAUCAGAUGCAAUCUGCUCUUGGCAUCACAGACCUUGGACAAUUUUUUCAUAAACCACUUAAAGAUUCACAUGGGACUGUUGUUUUAAGUUGUAUUUUAAAUGUGAAGAAUCCCAAAAUCUUCAUGUUAAACUCACGGUGGGUUCCAUUAAAUAAACUUCAGAAAAAAGUUUCAGUGUUGUUGGAAGACAGCAGUAUUAAUGAGAUUCUCUUAAGUGGCAUUCCGGAGCAAAUAAAUUAUUAUCAGACUUCGACGCAGCAGUUGUCUCGUGGCUUGUAUCUGGGAUAUCUCAAGAUGCACAGUUCUUUUGAUACAAUACAAGUUGUUGUUCCAACAAAGACGCCCAAUAAUCUUCCCCACGUUAAAGUGAGAGAUAAUCCACAUGUUUCCGCUGAGGAAUGGAAUGUUAUCAAAUCCAAAGACUCCAAAGACUCGAGUCGUAUUAAGACGCCACUCUGCUUGAGUCAUCUUGGCUCAAAACCAACCAAUGCUCAACAAAUCUUUCUCGAGAGCUUAAAGCUUUCGAUAAUCCGAUUGAUUAACUAUUUAAACAUUUCAACGGAAGAAGUUUUGCUUCAUCGACUCUACGAUGUUGAAGUCAUCGAGCUUAAUCAUGACGUAAGCUUUCUUAUUAUUUGCCCUUCAGCAGAAAAUGCCAUUCCAUGUGCUGUGCCAGGACAAACAGAUUUAAUUUUAAAACGUUCAGAUCUUAUGUGUUUGCCAUUAAUUGUUCAUGAGAUGAUUCACUUGAGAACUUAUCAACCAAACAUCAUUCAAAAGUACGCGCGACUGUCUUGUGUUAUAGAAUUAGACAUGAUGGUUGCCAAUCACAAGCACCGAGAAGCAUUUUCAAGCAACGAAGUUGAGAUAACAAAAGAGAAACUUGGAAAGCUUCAAGACCUGAUGAAUAAAUUAAAUUUGGUUUGGAAAAGUGUACGUUGGCUUAUGGAUGUUGUUACGUAUGCAAGAUCGAAAGAGAAAUCCCCAGAGCUUGAUAUGAAACGUAUCCUGGAGUUCAACAUGAAUUUGACGUCAAUUCCCACAUCCGCUUCCAGUCAUUUGCUAGAACUUCCGACCAAGGAUGCGCGUAUUAAAUCACCAACACGAGGCUCAUGGCCAGGCCCCGUACAAAGCAAUCAUCUUCGAAUUGAUUCCAAUUCUUUUCUUUCUGCUGAACAUUCAAAGUCAGAACAACAGCUCCCUAAUGAACAGAGUUUUAUUGAAUCUGGGCGUCUGUCAGUAGCUUCGUGUCUCAAUAGUUCAAGGAAGAAUAGUGGUGAUUCUAAUUAUUAUUCUUCUGGAGAAAUUGAACAACCACGAACAACAAUACCGCCGUCAAAAUCAGAAGAAACUUUAUUUUUUAUUAAGAAAAAAGGACCAACAAACCUUCAUCAUCGUAAACGCACCAAUAUUCCCACAACUCAUCAACAGAACCAUAACAUUUCAAGUCGUAACUCAUAUUCGAUCAAAACUGAUUCGCUCAACGUUGACGUACAAAAUGAAAGUUAUGAUAAAAAUAUUGCAACACCAAAAGUUUUAGUGUCACCAUCGAGCUCAAUUUUUUCGACAACUCUUUACAAAAGAAAUUCCAAAAAGCAUUUACUGGAGUAA